CAUCCCGCCCACCGCCCUGCGUCUGCCGCCCCGGCGAAACAGUAAGUCGCCAUGGAAGAUGAACCGGAGCGCGAGGGACGCGGCGAGACCUUCAGUCCGGAUCUGAUCCACGCCAUAUUCAAGCACGUGUGGAGCCGCCGGCCCGAGCGGGGCGGAGGCGUCGACGAGGCCAUAGAAGUCGAGCCUGCACCGGAGACGUCAAGGAGGAGCAGGAGUACUACUGCCAAUGCAAGUGCGCUUCAAGUGAGCUGUGAACUUCUUCGGAUGUUCGUCGCAGAGGCUGUUCAGCGUUGUGCUGUGAUUGCUGAAGCCGAGGGGACGACCAUAAUCGAGCCCACCCACCUAGAGCGAGUUUUGCCACAGCUUCUUCUGGACUUCUGAGGUGGUUCGUCAGGGUCAGGGAGCGCCUGUUAGAUCGCUGGCAUAACAGUGGACUAAUCCCUAUAGUCUGCCAGUGUUGCACCGGCUGGAUCAUGUGGUCAAAUUGUUAGCCAACCAGUGUAGUGUUGCAUAUGCAGCUUUUGACAGUCUUCGGACAUAACCGAGGCACCUGAAGCAGUCGACACCCUUGGAUUGUAAUGACAAGCCUUUCAAUCUGUCUGUGUAAAACGUUCCCAUGCUUACCGUGCCCAAAUCUGAUUGCAAUUUCCUCUGAUAAAAUCUGAUUGCAAUUACACAAACUGCCUAGAUUCAGAAGUCUGUAAUUUUUGGGAUUGUACUC